GGUGCUCGGGUCCGGUCGGAGCGGACCCCGGGAUGGAGGAGACGGAGAUGGCGCCGCGCGGCAUCUCCGGCCGAGCAUCGCCACCAGCGGCGACGUCUCCACGGAUCAGGUUUCCGGCCCGGGCAGGUCACCGCCACCAGAGCCCCGCGGAGCGGGAGACGUCCGACGGUGGAUUUCAGCUCCCCCGAGUCUGACCCGCAGCCAGCCCCUCCCCUGCAGCCCCUCCCUCCGCCUCCCGUCCGCCGGAGCCCCGGCCUCGCCUCACGGGACUCACGGGGCCGGGAAGUCGGCGUCGGCCCCCGCUUACGAGCCAAACCCGGGGAAGGGUCCGGAGCGGGCGAAGCGGGGGGAAGGGAUGGGGCCCGGGACGGCCGGUGACGUCCGCCGGCCUCCGCCUCCCCUCCCUCUCCGGCCGGCCGGCCGCCCGUCGGGCCGACGGUGAGCGGGCCGGGCCGGAGCCAUGAGCCGGGCGUACCCGGAGCAGAUCCGGAGCCGGCCGGCCGACGGGCACGGGGUCGGGAAGCGGGAUUACCUGGUGGACGCGGCCAAGCAGAUCCGCCUGGCGUUGGAGCGGGACGUGAGCGAGGACUACGAGGCGGCCUUCAACCACUACAAGAACGGGGUGGACGUGCUCCUCAGCGGGGUGCAAGUGGACCCCAACAGAGAGCGGCGGGAGGCCGUGAAGCGGAAGAUCACCAAGUACCUGAGGAGGGCGGAGGAGAUCUUCAACUGCCACCUGCAGAAGUCGUUGAGCCACGGGGGCCGGCCGGGCACGGGGUUCAGCAGCCUGAGGUUCCGGCCUAUCCGAACGCUGAGCUCCGCGGUGGAGAACCUGAAGCGCUGGAAGGUGCUGGGGGUCAUCGAGAAGGUCCAACUGGUGCAGGACCCGAUCGCCGGGGGCAUCUUCGUGGUGAAGAGCCUCCCCAAGUGCCACGUGGAGAGCCAGGCGCGGCCGACCAUCAUCCCCCGCGGGGUCCCCUACAUGGCCGAGCUGCUGCACUAUUACACCAGCGAAGACUCCAUCUUCCUGCACCUGGAACACGUGCCCGGGGGGCUGCUCUGGGACCAUCUCCGUUCCCGGUACCCCUCGCCGCGACCGACGGCCGCCCGCAGUCCCGCCCGGCCGGAUUCCAGCUCCGCUCCGGGCCGCCCCGGCGGGAAGGGAGAGGGCCGCCGGACCCUGGACCCCUCCUCCCAAGCACGGAGCGGACGGCGUCUCCCGGCGCCCGCCCCCGCUGCCGCAGAGACCCCCGAACGCCCGGACGCUGCCUCCGGACCCCAAGGCCGAGCCCGGACGGGAGGACCCGCUCCCGCCCCGGGGCCCGGUGAGGGGCCCGGGCGGCCCGAGGCGCCGGGGGUGCCCGCCGGUGACCUCCGCCCGGCAACCCCCUCCAGGACGGACGCCGCCCCUCUGGGUCGGCUCUCCCGGUCCGCGAAGGGGCUCUCCAGGGCGCCCGGCCCGAAACGGGGCGAGGCGGCGGCUGAUCCGUCCCCCCGGCCGGAGGGCGCCGCCGAGGUGGAGACCGCGAGGUCUCUGGAAGGCAGAGGCCGACCGGGUCCCGGCACCGGGACCCCGGGCGGGAGCCCGGAGAGGACGCGGGAGGGGUGCCGCUCGCUCCUGGGGCCGGGCUGCCCUCCGGCCGAGGGGCCGGGCCCCGGGCGGAGCGGCGGGGCCUGGAGCGUGAGCGAGGACCUGGUCCGCCAGUGGGCCGCCGAGACCCUGGUGGCCCUCGAGGGUCUCCAUCAGCAGGGAGUGCUGUGCCGGGACCUCAACCCCCGAAACCUGCUGCUGGAUGCUGCCGGCCACGUCCGUCUCACCUACUUCGGCCAGUGGACGGAGGUGGAGCCCCGCUGCUGCAGCCGGGCGGCGGAGAAGCUCUACAGUGCCCCGGAGGUGGGCGGGAUCGCCGAGCUGACCGAAGCCUGCGAUUGGUGGAGCUUCGGGUCUCUGCUCUACGAGCUGCUGACCGGCGCCUCGCUGUCUCAGAGUCACCCGGCGGGGAUCCACGCCCACACCCGGCUCCACCUGCCCGAGGGGCUCAGCCCGCCGGCCUCGUCCCUGCUGUCCGAGCUGCUGCGGUUCGAUCCCUGCUGUCGACUGGGCGCUGGUGGCGGUGGGGUGAACAAGCUCAAGGCCCACCCCUUUUUCGGCGCCGUCCAGUGGAGUAAGCUGCUGGGCUAGAGAGCCAGGGUGGAGGCCCGCGGCUCCGCGGCAGUUAGCCGUCUGAGGGUCGGGCCCGGAGGGGCCACCCGGGGACCCUCUCGCGGGUCCGGUCAGGGAUCGGGGGGUCCCGCGGGCGCUCGGUGGCCCUUCCCGCCCCGGAGCCAGGCUCGUUGGCUGACCCGGGGCUCCCCUCCGUCCCCGUCGCGGCACGCCGGUCGGCGUUCCCCCAGAAGCCCCCCCGAAUUGGACCUCGGGCUCCCCGCCGGCCCCCCGUCAUCUCUCCGCGGUGCCCUCGGCCCAUCGCGAGGGAGUCGGGUUCAGAGGAGGGUUCUCCGACGGUUUGGGGAUCCUCCUAACAGCCGUCGAGAUACCCCGAACACGGGUUGGUUCCUCCCGCCCGCCUCGACGUCAUACCCGACCGCGUUCCCCCACCGCCCGCCUUCCGAAGGUUUAGAAUUCCUUAGCCGAAAGCCGGGCCCCCCCGAAGGGCGGGGCUAAGAAGAGAGUAACGGUCGCAGGACCCGAGAAGCAGCACGGCGUAGCCGACGGAGCCCGGGAGACCGAAGGUCCCGG